AUGACGAUGCGAAAUUCUCGAAACCAUUUCAUAAUAUCAUUUAUUACUUUACUAUUAUUACUUGUGCUUCAUGUACAAGGAUUAUAUGAAAAUCAGGCAGGAAUUAAUGACUGGCAUAAUAAAUUUGUCGGUACUCCCAAAAUUUCUUUAUUUCGAGGGUCUUCUAUUUUAGUAGCCACAGAUCGUAAUGUGCUUGCUUCUUUGAAUGCACGCAAUGGGAGUGUUGAUGCAGUGUCAAUAUCGAAUAAAGAUGGAUAUAAUAUUAUUCGUUAUUGGGCCGUGGAAUCAGGAUUCUUAUUAUGGGAACAUAAAGUGGCCGAGAAGACGGGAAACAGCAAUGAUAAUAGCAAUGAUCUGUGGCCUACAAUAGAUAUUUUAUUUGCAGUCGACAAUUCUGCGAUUUUUGUUCUUUUAGACGGUUCUGUUGUUUUGAAACUAACGACCAAUGAUGGCCAGCAACUUUGGAAAAAAACAAUCAAUGAAAACAGUUCAAAAACCACCACAUUUACUCGAAUAGUGCAAUAUGGUGCGGCACUUCAAGCGGUGGGGCUCAAAACAACCAACAACAAAUCAUACGCUAUCGAAGUUAUCACAUUAGACGCGACCAUCGGCGACGUUUUGAAGACGAUCAUUCUAUCUUCAAAAAUUGAAGGUGCCAAAGAUGUGAUUGUUAUUGGCGGAGAAACAAAUAGUGGAUAUGUUGUUUGGAAGGAGGAACCAAACAUGCGUGUUAAUCGAUUAGGAACAAAAGAUAUUGAUGGAGCUCCAUUGAAACCGCUUUACGGAGAUGUUAUUAAUUCUUUUGCUAAUGCUAAUGGUCCUCUUGAAAUAAUAAAUCUUAAUCUGGGUCCACGAACAGAGUUUUUGUGUCAGGUACCAACAAAGAUUGGUGCCGCCGCCGCCGUUUUCAAAAUUGAUCCUGAGGGAGAUCGAUUAGCUGUUCUUUAUGAAUUUGAAGACAGGCCCGGUAAAUCCGUAUAUUCGGCAACUAUCGAUAAAAAUAAUCGGCUUAUCGUGUCACGAAGUUCGACAUCAUCUAACGACAGCAUUAAAGUUGAAAUUAUUGCUCCUGCAUCCAGAAGCGUUCUAGCAAUUCAUGAUGUUCCUCAUUUAUACUUCGAAUCCGGGACUAUUCAAAAGUCUAUUUUAAACGUCAUCAAUCGUCAAAAAGAAAUAAUAACUUAUCGAAUAUUAAGUUUGUCGUCUGAUGGAUCCUUGUAUUGUUGGAAAGAUGGAACAGUUUCGUGGAAACGCGAGGAAUCACUUGCGCAUGCAAUUCAAGCAGAAUUUCUUGAUCUGCCUGAACGGAAAUUAUGGUCUCAGGAAAUCGAUGAACUUGCUGAACAAACAGAAGAUGCUGAAACAAUAACACCAUUUCAUCGUUACAUCCGACGUCUCAUCACUCAUUUGUAUCGACUUCAAGAUCUAUCUUUAUACAUCGUCACAUAUAUAAAUCACCUUUUUACGGGAGAUUAUUCUUCACCUUCACUCUCAUCUUCCCCUGAUAACAAUAAACAAGGUCUUUAUCGCGACACGUUUGGUUUCCGGAAAUUAUUAAUCUUUGUGACACCCAAAAAGUUGGUAGCAUUGAAUACGGCAAACAAAGGAGAAGUGGCGUGGUCUCGAUAUUUUGGUGAUUAUGAUCUCACUCAAAUUUUUAUUGUUCGUACCGCGAUGAUAAAGUAUCCUCCUGUACUUGUUGCCAUUGGAAUAGAAAGCAAGUUAGAUAUUACACCAUUCACUCACCUCUUUCGCAUAAAUGCUAUAACCGGAAAGGAUUUUGUUCCCGGUAGUAAUAAUGAUGACUUGCCGUCCAGUCUCUCACUUUCCUUUAUUCAUAAAGAGGUUUAUAAACUGCCAAUUGAAGAACCGGAAGAGCGAACUCAUGUACUUGCACUUGUUGAUAAAGAAUUGAAGGUUUAUCUAUAUCCAGAAACUCUGGGAUCUCUUAAAGUGUUUAAAGAUUUCGCAUUAUCAUCGUCAUUUUAUUUCACUCUUAUCGAUCCUGUUGGUGGGAACCAUUUGGCUGGAUAUCGUGUUAAAUUAUCACGAAGCAAUUAUACUUCACCUUUUGAGAGUGAUCUUUUAUGGGCUAUCAAUUUCCCUGAAAAUGAAUCCAUUGCUGCAAUAGCCAAACGAAAUCUUCAUGAAAACGUUGCUUCACUUGGUCGAGUUUUGGGUGAUCGCUCAGUCCUCUACAAAUAUCUCAAUCCACAUCUUGUCGCAAUAGCAACAUUUACAAAUACUAAAGUUACGACAUCCUCGCUAAAUUUAUAUUUAAUCGAUGUUGUGAAAGGCACGAUUUUGUAUCAUAGUGUACACGAAAAUGUUGGAUCAUCUUACCCGGUUCAUAUUCUACAAAUUGAGAAUUAUAUUUUGUAUUAUUUCUGGAGUGAAGGUGAAGAGGGAAGAGCUUCUACGGAAAAAGGAUUUAUAACUGUUGUUUUUGAUUUGUAUGAAAGUGCGAAUAAAGAUGAAAGGGUAGACAGCCCAGCAUUCUCUUCAUUUGCACACGAACGUCCCCAUGUCAGCGCCCAAGCAUUCAUUUUCCCAUACGCCGUGAAAGCAUUGGGCCGUUUCCUUGAUCCACGGAGACCACUAGGACCACUCACUAAUGAAGAUAAAGAAGAAAUGCUUAUUCCAUAUGAGCCUGCGUUACCAGACAGCAAACAGCUUAUUUCGAGUUAUAACCUAACGGUGAAAUCCACAUCACUAGUGCUAGCUUAUGGACUCGACAUAUUUUUCACACGUGUAGCUCCUUCGAAAACUUUUGACGUGUUGAAUGAAGAUUUUAGCAAGAGUACUCUGUUGGUCACCAUUUUUGGAUUAGUAUUGGGAAUUAUUAUUACGCGUCCUAUGGUUCGUCGGAAGAACGUCAAUGCUAGAUGGUAUUAG